AUGACUACUACUACUACUACUACUACUACUACUACUACUACUACUACUACUACUACUACUACUACUACUACUACUACUACUACUACUACUACUACUACAGUAGUCUACGUACAGGCGGCAAGACUUGGCGUUGCGGGUACGUACGUAGUCUGA